AUGUCCAACAACCAUGCUGCCUGGUUGACGGGCAACAAGGCCCGUCCCCUUCAAGUGGAAUCAGCACCGUACACCAGCCCACGCGAAGGUCAGAUUGUGGUCCGCAACUACGCCACAGCCAUCAAUCCUGUCGACUGGAGACUGCAAGACCUCGGAACUUCUCUGAUGUACAAAUGGAUCAAAUACCCUUGCAUCCUUGGAUCCGAUGUCGCGGGCGUAGUAGUCGAGGUUGGAUCGCAAGUGACACGAUUCAAAGUCGGUAACCGCGUGAUCGGUCAAGCUGUGGGAAAGGACGAAAAGCGCAAUACCGAUGCCGAGGGAGCGUUCCAGCUCUAUGUGGUGCUACUGGACCACAUGACAUCGCCGAUCCCAGAUUCAAUGUCUUAUGAAGAUGCAUGUGUGCUUCCGCUAGCCGUCUCGACCGCCGCUUGUGGCCUCUUCCAGACAGAUCAGCUUGGACUCCAACUCCCUUCCGCCAGUUCCAAGGACAAGGGCGAGACCUUGCUAGUCUGGGGCGGCUCAACCAGUGUGGGUUGCAGUGCUAUCCAGCUCGCUGUGAGUGCUGGAUAUGAAGUCUACGCGACGGCUUCACCACAUAAUUUCGACUACUUGAAGAAGCUAGGUGCGGCUCAGAUUUUCAACUACAAGAGCAAGACGGUCGUGAAUGAGAUCGUUAAAGCUUUCCAGGGAAAAAAGGCGGCUGGUGCUAUUUGCAUCGCUUCUAGUGGAACAGAGCGAUGCUUGGAUAUCCUGGCUCGGUGCGACGGGAAGAAAUUUGCGUCCUUAGCUGCCUACCCGGUUCCUGACAAGGUUCCCGCUCAUUUCCCAAUGUUGCAAACCAUGUUCAUGUUUCUGACUCGCAGCUUGGUCUAUUGGUGUAAAUCCAAAACCAUGGGCGUCAACUACAACUUUAUCUUUGCGACCUCUCUCAUCGAAAAUGGGAUCGGAAAAGCUGUUUAUGAGGGUUAUUUGCCUCAGGCUCUGCAGGACGGUAGGUUUUUGGCGUCUCCAGAGCCAGUUGUGACAGGAAAUGGGUUGGAAAGGAUCCAGGAUGCCCUAGAUUACCAUAAGGCUGGAGUGUCUGCCAAGAAAGUGGUUGUUUCUCUGAAAGACUGA